UUUGUCACGCAUUCCUGCUUUGCUCAUUGUUUCCUUAUUCUACGGCGUCAAGAUUUUUCUAAUUAGAAGCUCUGUAAUCUAAUAAGAGCUAGCUCGGUGCUGUAAAAAUAAAAAAAUACGAAAAAAUGUAAUUUUACAAUAAAAAUAUAAAAAAAUAUUCUAAACAGUGUGGGUGUAACAAAAUAAUUGUAAUAAAUUGAUAAAAAUUGAAGAAACUAAGCUUGGAAGCUUAGAAAAAACGCGGGGGAAUUGAGGCUACUUUGGGUUGGCUCCGUUUCGUGUUUCAGGAGAAAAAUAAGUUAUGGAGCCUUUUAAGUGCUCUUCCAGUUAUUUGUGUGCAGCUCCCGUGGUUCAAAGCCAAUAUAAACUCUCAUUUCAUACUCUUGACAAGUGUUUGUGAACUACCGGACAGAAAAUUAGCCCAGCAUCUCCGUGUGUGCUGCCACCAUCGUUUGGAAGGCAAUGACCAGUAAAAAAAUAACACUGUUACGUUAUUUAUUUGCAUGCGUCUGCAUGUUAUUGGCUUUGAAUUUAUUAAUUGAUUAUUUUGCUGACAAAUCGGAUGUCUCAUCAUCAUUUAGUCGCCUAAGUUUACGCAAAGUAUAUCGAUACAAUGGAACCGUACUUAGCUCUACAGGCAAUGCCAGCAGCAGCGGCAGCAUCAGCCACAGUAACAAUAACACGAACAAUAAUAUCAACAAUUCCCUGGCAUUAAAUUCCGCCUCUACUACCAAUGUCUCACCAUUUGCAAAUUCUUCCAAUCUGCAACAACAACCACAACUGGAGCUGCAUAGUAAUAAUAGCUUAAAUCAAGUCAAUGGUAGCAAGGAAACCAUAACCACGGAACCUUUGCCUCUUUGUCAAGACCCCGUUAUUGAAGAAAGUAGUCCUUUUGUACCUAACAUAACUUUAGAAUCUCUGGAUGUUAUCAAUGACCAGUUGGGUCCACUUUUGGAACCCGGUGGUGCUUUCAAACCAAAAGACUGUAUAGCCCGGCAUCAUGUUGCAAUUGUGGUGCCUUUUCGUGAUCGAUAUGCCCAUCUAUCGAUUUUCCUCCGUAACAUACAUAAAUUUCUAAUGCAACAGCGUAUAGCGUAUCGUAUUUUCAUUAUCGAACAAACCAACGGCAAGCCAUUUAACCGAGCCGCUCUUAUGAAUAUUGGCUUUCUGGAGGCCAUGAAAUUAUACAAAUGGGAUUGUUUUAUAUUCCAUGAUGUUGAUCUGUUGCCAUUGGAUAAUCGUAAUUUGUAUAAUUGUCCACGUCAGCCGCGUCAUAUGUCAGUGGCCAUAGAUAAAUUUAAUUAUAAGUUGCCUUAUCGUACAAUAUUUGGUGGGGUCUCCGCAAUGACCCGUGAACAUUUUUUAACCGUCAAUGGAUUUUCGAAUUCAUAUUUUGGUUGGGGUGGUGAAGACGAUGAUAUGUCAAACAGGCUACGAAAUGCUAAUCUUUUUAUAGCACGUUAUCCCAUCAAUAUUGCACGCUACACCAUGCUAAAACAUCAAAAAGAAAAAGCCAAUCCCAAACGCUAUGAGAAUUUGGUAAAUGGCAUCAAUAAAAUUGGUAACGAUGGCUUGAAUUCAAUUAAAUACGAUAUUUACAGUUACAAAUCGUAUCCGACAUUUAGUUGGUAUUAUGCUGAACUAAAGAUCUCCGAACAAAAAAGUUAAAUUUGUUUUUAUUAAAAGAAAAAAAGAAAAAAUAGCAAUCUAACAGACACACACUCACAUAUAUUUAUACAAAACAAAAAAAAAAACCAAACCAUAUUUACAACAACAGCUAUUACUAUUACUAACAACAAAACUAACAAACCAAAAGACAACAUUCUCUUUUUCCUUAACCCCCCAAAAUAACGUUCUUUAAAACAUUUCUUAUUCUUCUUCUCUUUAUCUUCUCUACUCUUUCAUAUACAAACUUUUUAUCUACUUUACUUAGAAUGGAAAACUCAUAACAAACAAAACAAAAGGAUAACAAAAAAAAUAGACAAAAUUAUUUAAACUAGUGAUAUACAUAAUAUAUAUAUACAGACAGACAGACAGCCAGACAUUACAUACUUAGUAAUAUAAUUAAAAACCAAAUUCGGAGUGGUACAAUAUUGACACAAUAAGUAGGAAAAGAAAUUUAGCAAUCAAAAUUAUGUAGAACGUGUUCUUAUGUCAUUGUUUCUAUUUUUAUUUUUCUUAAUGUAUAGAUUUCAAUUUGUUAAAUUAGUCUUUUUAAUAAUAUUGUUUUUUGUUUUAUUUUAUAGAAUAUGUUUAGAAAACAAAUUCUUGCUUCCAAUUUCUACUUUCCAUAGCUUAAUUUCGUCCAACCAUUUGAUAUGGAAAAAACUCAACUUGUUGCUUCCUUUUUAUGGAUUUGAUAUUAGAAACAAAGAUAUUUUAUUAAUCAAUAAUUAAUUAAUUAAUAAUGUAAUUUAAAAAAAAAGUUUUUACAAAAUCUAAUUUUAGCCAAGAAUCUCAAAGAGCAGUAGCCAUGGGGUGAAAAGUAAUGGAACAAAUUAGUGUUUAAUUCAGCCUAUGUACUUUAAAAUUGUGAUUGUUUUUAAACUUUAUAAAUUUUUUGUUAUAUUUUAUUGUAAAUUUUGUAUGUAUAUAUAUAGUUUUUUACUUAUUUUACUAAUACUAACUUUAUUUAGAUUUGUCUUGUAAGUUUGUUUUCCGUCCCUAUUAUGGUCUUCCAAUUUAUUUUACGGAAUUUAAUUAACAUGUUUAUACUAAUCACAGAAAUGUCUACAAUAUUCAAAGGCUGUUUCCCAUGUCACGCAUAGUAAUGUCUCUAUUGAACCCCGUAUCAAAAACGAAAAUGGACUUAGUCACUCAAAUUCUUUUGGUACCUACAAAAGCUCAACGUUUACAAUUUUUAUUUGAAAACCCAACAAAGAUGAGUUUGGGAUUCCCAUUUGGUACAUAACAAUUGCCAACAACAGAUUUGUCAUUGAGCCCAUGGUCCAUAUUUGAAAUUAGGGAUAUUUCAUUUGCUAGUACCAAACAACUGGAAUUAAUUGUCCAAAUAUUAUCCAAAACCCUCCGAAGCGCCUACGCUUUACGGAAUCCCGGUGAUAAUGUUGUCCAAAUAUUAUCCAAAACCCUCCGAAGCGCCUGAGCCUUACAAAAUCCCGGAGAUAAUGUUGAAAAAAAAAAAAACUGAAUGGUGUAAGGGUCGAGUUUCCACCAAAACUCUCAACCUGUCGAUAGCCCACAACAUAAUUGCAGAAGUCUAGGAUUAAAGAAUAAUGGAUCUGGUGCCAACUCCACGUAGAAACAAGUGAAAAACAGUAAGUUCGGCCGGGGCCGACCUUUGGGUAAAGAAAACAAUUUUUUUUUAUAAAAGUAUCUGCAUUCAAACGCGCUCCACUUUAAACUACGAACACCAGUAAAACCCUUUUGAUAAUGCUGUUAAACUUUUCAAAAACCCAUAAAGUGGGUGAGGCCGUUAUAUGGGAGUCAUAACCAAACGGGAACCUCUAUAGGCAAUUUUAUACUUCAAGGAUUGUCAUCUACCAAUCCUUAUAAAAUACCAAAUUUUAAACAAUUUCAUUAGUAACUGUGACUAGGAUUAUCAAAAUUCCGAAUAUCGGUGUAUACCGUUGUAUGGGCGCUAUAGAAAAACAUGGACCUAAAUAUUUAAUGUUCCGCCACCGGAGCUAGAACUCAUUCCGAACAACAAAUACGAAUUUUUUGACAAAUCCAUGGAAAAAUUGGUGAAAAUCAUCAAAAUAUCGGGAGGUACCGUUAUAUGGGGACUAUACAAAAACGUGGACCUAUGGAUACAAAGUUUCGCCACCGGUGCUGGAAACUAUUAUGACCUACAAAUACUAAUUUUUAGAAAAAUCCGUGGGAAAAUAUGGCGAAAAUCAUAAAAAUACCGAAUAUCGGGAGGUAGCGUUAUACCAAAACGUGGUAUAAUUUCAAUUUCAAUAACAACCAUCCUAGACACAAUACAAAUUGUUGUGCCAAAUUUUGAAACUCUACGUUGAAUAAUGUAGACUCUUAUCGUAAUUUCAAAAGACAGACAGGCGUACAUCGUUAAAUCUACUUUUAUGCUGAUCAUGAAUACAGGGUGAGAUAAAAAUACUGCAACAAAGUCAAACGCCAUAAUUUUUAUUUUUUUUUUAAAUUUAAUUGAAUGAAAGCAAAAAUUAUCGGAAAUAGAAUCAAAUUUUAGAAUAAGUUUAGAUUUGUUUGAAUUGGUCACCUUUGGCAUGAAUUAUGGCCUUCAAACGGCCAAUGAAACCGUCAAACGCUGCCAGAAUGUUGCUAUGCGGUAUUUUGGCCCAUUCUCGGCGAAGCGCUUGCUUGAGGUGAUCGACACUUUGGUAUAUUUUAGUGCCAACCUUACUUUCCAAAAUACUCCAGACACAAUGGUCCAACGGAUUGAUAUCCGGAGAUUUUGGUGGCCAUUGUGCACUGGAAAUGAAGCGAGGAAACUCAUUUUGUAAUCAUUCUUGGGUGGCGCGUGCUGAGUCCUGUUGGAAUGUCCAUGGGCUGCGGCCAAAAUGUGUGCGUGCUCAAGGCUUUGAUACACCCUCCAGAAUAUUUUUGCGAUAAUAUUCGGCAUCUAUUCUGAUGCCACGGUCGAUCAAUACGAGCGGAGAGAGCGACCAUCGGCUGUUAUGGCGGCCCGCACCACCAACAUGGCCGGCGCUUGAAUUCUGGUGGCCAACCGAAGGUGCACAUUUUCAGCUGACCUCUUUGGCAAGUAGACAGGAUCAUUUUCUUUGUUUACAAACGAAUUUUUUCUCAUCGGAGAAAACCCAAUUCGGCAUUUCACCACUUUCGGCCAAGCGAAUCAACUCUCUUUAGCUCUUUUAAGUCUAUUUUCUUUCUGUUGCGGUGUAAGUUCUUGCACUUUUUGGAAUUUUAAUGGCUUUACCCCGAGCUUAUUUGUUCAAUAUUUGCCGAAUGGAAUAUUGCGAUAUGUUCAGCUCACGAGCCAUUUUUCGGCCACUGUGACGCGGGUUUCGAUCAAGUCGCUUCUUUACUGGUUCGAAACCAUUUCUGCUGAUGUUGCUGUUUUCUUCCGUCCACUUCCUUGACGUCGGGCUACGCUAUCAGUAUCACGGUAACGAGCAAUGGUACGAGACACAAACGAUUUAUUCACAUUUAAAUGCUGGAGUGCUCCGACAAUAGCCACUUGUGGUUUUCCAGCCAAAUAUAAAAAAACACACUAUCACGCUUGAAUUCCAUCACGAAUACCCAUUUUUUCUGGAAAAUGUUCACCAAAAUGCUUUUGUACGAUUGUAAACAAUAUAAUGAGCUGUCACUGGAAUAAUUGUAAAAGCUGUCGGACGAGUGGCUUAGAAAUGACAGUUUUCCAGUCUCACCCUGCAGUUUUUCAUCUCACCCUGUAGAUCCAGAAAAUAAGUGAGGUUACAUUUUUCAUUCUAACUUGAAAUAUAUUUUAUGUUUUUGUUGGUAGAGGCCAUUUUUAGCUUACGAAUUAUAUUGGAUAUGCUUUAUUUAGAAAUCUCAAUUUAAAAAAUGUGAAUAUUCAGACAAACGAAGACCAUUAGACUCCAAGAGUAUUUGUGUGUGUUUAUAAACUUACAACAAUUUAAUAAUAUUUUUAUCGCCGAAAAAUAACAAAUUCCCUUAAAAUAAUUUUAUUAUUUUUUAUAAAACUGACAUUCCUUUGUUUUUAUUUUUUUAUUAUUAAGAUUUUGGCCCUUCAACCAAUGAUA